CCUAGAUCUACCUCUGAACUGCCCGCAGCCCAAAACUCCUAUACAACAUUCCUAAACAACUUUCGUAAGUGCGAAUAAGCCCUUACCUAGUUUUUAUACCUUUAAUAUUGUUUUAUUCCUCCGUGUCAUGAUAGAAUAGCAAGUAUACACAUUCUUGGACAUAGUCAUCAAGUUGUUGCUUAUCUCCAAUCCGAUCUUGCGCCCAUCUCACAAUGUCUGCUUUGCGUAAGCUGCCACGUAUCUCACUCCUUUUCAGCUUGGUGAGCCUGUUCAUUGCUUCCAUGUGCAAGGAGUCCAUACGGGAACGCAUGAUACGAGCGCUCGGCAUCCAUGUUCCAGGAGGUACCUGGCGCUUGCUCGCCAUAAUCUUGGCCGUCAUUAACGUAAAGAACCUGCCGCUCGUGUGGCAUUACCGUCUUUUCCGUCCCCUCAUCUACCACCUCUUUCUCCAACGCAUAGAACUCAAACCGGAAGACUUGUUUAAGCCAGUCGUGCACAUGACGCACACCCCUAUGACGGAAAUGGACUAUAACUUUCACAAGAGCAAUAGCACGUACUUCACAGACCUUGAUAUCUCCCGCACUCAUCUUGCAACAGCCAUUCUACGCAAAGGGAUCCGCGGGAUAAAAGGGGAAGAAGGCGAAACUUUCAGCUUGCGUAAUACGCCCCGUGCAGCUGGCCAUAAGAUAAGAGAGCCCACCAGUGCUUUCAAUACCAAUCCGAAGCAGUGCUCGGCGAUGGGAGCGAGAGUGAUGACGGAGGAAGACUGGUAUCAAAAGGUCACUCAACCUGGCCCACUUUUCGUUGCUCUGGGAGCCGUCACUUGCCAUUUUCACAAGGAAAUACGUCCUUAUAAAAAAUAUGAGGUCUGGACCAGGCUCCUUACCUGGGACCGAAAAUGGCUGUACAUUGUUUCGCACUUUGUAGAACGUGGCGCUUUUAAGCCUCGGGGAUAUCGUCUGCAGCCUGGGUGGAAAGCAAGCCAAAAAAUUGAACACUUGACAGAAGAUGAUAAGGCGAAAUUGAGGAAUAAGAUCUUCGCGAGUUCGAUUGCCAAGUAUGUCGUCAAAAAAGGACGUCUCACGAUUCCUCCAGAGCUGGUUCUUGAACGCAGCCAGAUGCUCCCAGUACGUCCUGAGGGAACACCCAUCCUUGGAGGCUGGACUCCUUCCACGAGCUCGAACACUACACCAGAAAGUAUAGGGACCCUGAGUCCUGAUCUAGAGAGAUCGAUUACUUUCAACAACAUAGCCCAUGGUGGGUUUGCUGGCUCGAGGCAAGCCAUACUAGAGCAAACUUUAUUUCCAAAUAUCAAUGAUAUGAGCAAUGCCGACUGUGGCUGGACCUGGGAAAUCAUGCAAAAGGAAAGACUCAAAGGCCUCAGCCUUGCAGAGGCAUUUGAUUCACUUGAUAAUUUAAAGGACACCUUCGACUUGAAUGCUGAAGAGGCCAUUGGUCGAUACUCAGAUCUUAUUUUCAAUUUUUAGCUUUUAGUCUCGUUUCAAGUAUAUGUUAAAGAAUAAUAUAAUUCCAUAUAGCAGCUAUAGGCCUAGUAGAUUUACGCCGCCUCACACAGUGAAGGCAGGGGGGCAACGUCGGACUAGCACUGUGGGCCUAACCGCCAGAGAGGGCCGACACCGCGCUAGUAUUGGGACCUUACUACAUGAAUCAGAUAGAUUAGGGGAGGAUCUCUCCCAAGC